CUCAAGCAAUAUCAUUUACAAUGGUUUCCACCAAGCAAAUUCCCGCCCUCGUCAUGGGACUCGUGUCGUUGGCGUCUGCUGCCCCAGCUGCCGUCGAAGUCCGCGCAGAAGUACCUGAAGUCAUUCCCGGUCCUGGCAUGCCAUCUCUACAGUCUCUCGGCCUGACGUCCGAGUACCUGUACUCUCUCGGAAAGCCUGACGUCCCCAGUGACGAGAUGUCGAUCCUGGUAGAUCCCAGAUGCUCCAACAACUACGGCAACGUCAACAACGCAAUUGCAUGCUACAACUACCUGAGAAGCCUGGGACAGAGACAGUGUGGGGUCCCAGAUUCACAGCGCUCCAUUAUCAUGUGCAGUACAGGCAAUGUCAGAAUUGAAGGCCACGGGAUCGGCGCAAGCAGCUGGUGUGAGCAUGUCGCUGUGGGUGUAUUGUGGACCAUUGAUCAUUGCACGCGUCCCCAGCAAGAUACUUCUGGUUUUGCCCCUGCCUAUGGAAACGGUGGCCUGAUUAUCUACACGGGCAGUUAGGGAAUGAUUAACGUAUCCUGGCUAUGGGCACCAAGAGGAAGCAAGUGUGCAAGCACAAAAAACUUUUCUUUACAACGCUCU